CCUGGAAGGUGAGUGGCUGGGCUCACCCCUGCCUGCCACCGAGACGCAGACAUGCACACACCACCCGCACUCCCUCGCCGUUUCCAAGGCGGCGGCCGCGUUCGCACCCCAGGGUCUCACCGGCAAGGGAAGGAUAAUCUGGAGAGGGAGCUCUCAGGAGGGUGUGCUCCGGAUUUCUUGCCUCAGGCCCAGGACUCCAACCAUUUUAUAAUGGAAUCUUUAUUUUGUGAAAGUAGCGGGGACUCAUCUCUGGAGAAGGAGUUCCUUGGGGCCCCAGUGGGGCCCUCGGUGAGCACCCCAAACAGCCAACACUCUUCGCCCAGCCGCUCACUCAGUGCCAACUCCAUCAAGGUGGAGAUGUACAGCGAUGAGGAGUCGAGCAGACUGCUGGGGCCAGAUGAACGGCUCUUGGAUAAGGAUGACAGUGUGAUUGUGGAGGACUCAUUGUCAGAGCCCUUGGGCUACUGCGAUGGGAGCGGGCCAGAGCCUCACUCCCCUGGUGGCAUCCGGCUACCCAACGGCAAGCUCAAGUGCGAUGUCUGUGGCAUGGUCUGUAUCGGACCCAACGUGCUCAUGGUCCACAAGCGCAGCCACACUGGGGAGAGGCCCUUCCACUGCAAUCAGUGCGGUGCCUCCUUCACACAGAAGGGGAAUCUGCUGCGCCACAUCAAACUGCACUCGGGAGAGAAGCCCUUCAAAUGCCCCUUCUGCAACUAUGCCUGCCGCCGGCGUGAUGCACUCACUGGCCACCUCCGAACACACUCAGUCUCCUCUCCCACUGUGGGCAAACCUUACAAGUGCAACUACUGUGGCCGGAGCUACAAACAGCAAAGUACCCUGGAGGAGCACAAGGAGAGGUGCCACAACUACCUACAGAGUCUCAGCACUGAUGCCCAAGCUUUGGCUGGCCAGCCAGGUGAUGAAAUCCGUGACCUGGAGAUGGUACCUGACUCAAUGCUGCACCCAUCGACGGAGCGGCCAACUUUCAUUGAUCGUUUGGCCAACAGCCUCACCAAACGCAAGCGCUCCACCCCACAGAAGUUUGUAGGUGAAAAGCAGAUGCGUUUCAGCCUCUCAGACCUUCCCUAUGAUGUGAACCCCAGCGGUGGCUAUGAAAAGGACGUGGAGUUGGUGGCACACCAUGGCCUAGAGCCUGGUUUUGGAGGGUCUCUAGCCUUUGUGGGCACAGAGCAUCUGCGUCCCCUCCGCUUGCCACCUACCAACUGCAUCUCAGAACUCACACCUGUCAUCAGCUCUGUGUACACCCAAAUGCAGCCCAUCCCCAGCCGACUGGAGCUUCCAGGGUCCCGAGAAGCAGGUGAGGGACCCGAGGACCUGGGAGACGGAGGUCCCCUCCUUUAUCGGGCCCGAGGUUCUCUGACUGAUCCUGGGGCAUCCCCCAGCAAUGGCUGCCAGGAUUCCACAGAUACAGAGAGCAACCAUGAAGACCGGAUUGGUGGGGUGGUAUCCCUCCCUCAGGGUCCCCCACCUCAACCUCCUCCCACAAUAGUGGUGGGCCGGCACAGUCCCGCCUAUGCCAAAGAGGACCCCAAACCACAGGAGGGGUUACUGCGGGGCACCCCAGGCCCCUCCAAGGAAGUGCUUCGGGUGGUGGGUGAGAGUGGUGAGCCCGUGAAGGCCUUUAAGUGUGAACACUGCCGCAUCCUCUUUCUGGACCACGUCAUGUUCACCAUCCACAUGGGCUGCCAUGGCUUCAGAGACCCUUUUGAGUGUAACAUCUGUGGUUAUCACAGCCAGGAUCGGUAUGAGUUCUCUUCCCACAUCGUCCGGGGGGAACAUAAGGUGGGCUAGCCUGCUCUCAGCCCCACCUCCACCCCACUGCCCCACCCACAGGUGUCUAGCCCAAUUCCUGUUAUACCCUAAGGAGUUUUGCGUUGUAGCUCCAUCCACUGGCCGCCUCACUUCACACUGGACUCUGACCAUCUUUGCCUGUUCCCUUCCACCCUGACCAAUUUGAGCAUUGCGAUGAGACAAGUCUCUUGCUUAUAUUUCUCCUUCUAACCUCUCUCCCCGGCACAUUUGCUUUUUAGUUAAUGUUUCCUUGGCCUUUGAAAAUUUACUGCAAUCUCUGGCCACUCCUUCACUCUUCUGCCCAUGACUUCCUUCUGCUCUAAGCCUAGAUUUUUUUUUAAUUUAUUUUAUUUUUUUAAAUUUUUUGUGGAUCCCAUAAUCUCCGACAGCUCCAGGGGUUGGAAGCUCCUCUCUGUGCUAAGAGAUGCUGAGCUUCUUGCUUUAAUCUUCAUCCUUAUUUAUCUGACCCUUCACUUUUGAUGCUGAUACCUCCCAAUGGCCCCACCUUAGCUCUGUGGCAUUAUUAUCUCCUCUCUGGGACCCGUCAACCUGGCACUCCAUACCUCUCGUGCCCACUCACUUUAGGCAGCUUGCACUAUUCUUAAAUGAAUGAAGAAUUUCCUCAUUUGCAGGUAGGAGGGGCUGUAGAAACUCUCCCCAGGCACUGUGGACUGAGGGUCCUCUUGACCUCACCUGGGAAUCUGAGCUCCCUAAAGACACAUUCAGGACCUCCCUCUAGGAUGUGAUACCACCCUUCCCUCUCCCUGGCUCACCCCUCAACACCACUCUGGUCUCAACUUGCCACUCCUGUCAGUGGUGGCUUUUCUCUCCUGGAAUGCCCCCAUUUUAUCUUCUCAGGGGCUAAGGCUAGGCCUGCAACCCUCUCCCUGACACACCCAGAGCUGCAGGUACCUAGCUGAGAACCAGGGCAUGGGAAAGGGGAUGGGUAGAACUCUCUCCUCCACCUCUCAGACUCUUUCACUCCAGUGACCUUCCUAGGCUCUCAGGGACUCCUUCUGUCCCCAUCUUAUGAGAAACCAGUGGGUUGCUGCUCAAUGACCAGGGGUCUCUCAACCCCAUCAGUCACACUGCCUUUCCUCUCCCUUCCAGCAGGACUCACCGUCUCCUUCACAGGCUCCUGGGCCCUGUUAUAAUCAAUGGUAGGGAGAAAGGGAUGUCUCUCUUCUCUCUGCCAGUUUUCAGUAUAACCAAAAAUUGUCCCAGGAUGAAUGACACGUACGUGCCCGUCAACCAUCCCACCCUUGUCCCAGCAAGAAUGGGACGGACACAACUGGGAGUCACCUCCACUGCCCUUCCAUACUUAGCUCCAGACACAGGGCAGGAGAGGCAGUCUUCUCUGGCAGCCACAGACACUCUGGCUAUUCAGAUAAUCGAGGAUUUGUGAGACCAUGCAGGAGGAGGCCUAGCUCCAUUGCACGUGGAAGUCUCUCUCUAUAAUAGAGUUCCCUGCCAGGGCCACAACCAUCCCACUCUCUGCUUCUUUGAGAUUCAAACCAAAGGCUGUUUUUAUAAAUUUAAA